AUGGCGAAGAGGCAUUCUAAACGAAAGACCGGUCAGGUAAAUAAACAGCAGGAAGUGACUCGCUGUGAAAUAAGAUAUACAGAUAUAUAUGAAUGUUUCAAACUUUUUUACGUCAGACUUUGAGUGAUAGGGGUUGUUUCUCAUGUUUGCCUUUGAAUUUUUUGCGGGAAAUUGGCGUACAGCCGGCCAGUUGAUCUUUCUGUGAGUGUCUCAUGUUUGACCGCUGUGUUGUGGAGAAGAGUCCGAAUCAGUUUCGAACUCCGGAUUCCAACGACUGUUUACGGUAGUUCUUUUCCUUUCUAGUUCCUACUGCCUUUUUUCAUGACCUACUUGACAGUGGGCUCUCUCCAGCCGAUGAAUGGGUUAAAUCAAGACUUUCAAGGUCACUUACCUCCAGCUUUGGAAUCAGCAAAUGACACUUUGAGGUAAACUCCCACGACAAAAGUCGUAGGCAUUUAUGUCAAGCAAAAACCAUCACUUAAUCUUCCUUCCAUGCACAUCUCUGAUUUAUUUAAGAAUUGUUACUGAGCAGUCUUCAUUCGAAUUUGUCAUAGAAACAAUGGAAAAAAAGCCACAUUUUUUAAGUUGCCAGACACAAAAAGAAAGAAUUAAAUUUUAUUUUAUUUUUAAUUUUCAUCAAGUCUGAGGGCAAUUGAUGUCCGCACUUUCCACUCACUUUCCUUGUGACUCAAGCAGAUGAAUUAAACCUUCACCGCAAGAGUGAUACACGACAUUUAAACUACAGACAUAAGUUGUCACAAAAGUUUAUGUUCCCGUUCAUGUUCCUCCUUCAAUCAAAGAUACUCUACUCGCCCGUGAUGUUUGUUGAUUGUAGAGGAUGUAAAGAUAUUAACAGGAUUAAUACCCUGAGCAAUUUGUUUCUGCUUACUGCAAUUCAGAUUACAAUAAAAUUUUUUAACGAUAUGUAUCCCCUGAUAGGGUCGAAAAACAAAAGUGAUUUGUCAUACUCUUCUUAUAAGUGGUACACAUUACGAACGUGAGUGUAUAAGUUCAAUAAUUUAUUUUCUCUCUCUCCACAGAACUUCACCUCACGUUGCAAAGCGAUUCAUAAACUCUCGUGCCUGUCGUGAGAUCUUCUCAAGUAUCAAUCCUCAAAUGUAUUUCCAAAGCAAUGACAUCUUUUUUCCCAAGUUUGUCCGCACCGUGAAAUGCGAGGGCACUCCAAACAAUCCAGUGCACUGCGGUUCAGCGCAAGGGAGUAUGCGCUGUUUGACCAGAAUGAGCGACGUGAAAGUCAUGCGCAUACCAAGUUCCGGACAGUGUUCCUGGCGCAGACCCGUUAUGAUCAGGAAUGUACCUGUAGGAUGUUAUUGCGAGUAUUAAGUUACUCAAAGUGAUUACAAGGAACUUCGAUUUUACACAUCUCAUUAAAAGGCAUUAUUUAAAUGAAGUGUUAUUGAGAGAGUACAAAAAAUCUCUCAUACAUAUGUACUAGAUUAUUAUGAUAGCAAACUUUAAGAUAUCCGAGCUGAUAUGCAAUGCAGAG